ACUCUGGGUCAGGUUUGCCAGCAGAGGGGACCAAUGACAGAAGUGCUGGGACACAGGAUCAUCUGCCUGGAACAACACUAGUGUUAGUUGGCUGGCAACUUGUGUGUGUGAGAGAGAGAGUGAGUGUGUGUGGCUGUUGAGUUGCAGCAGCUCCACACAGCGAGCUACAGCAUGGAAUUGUCAUAUCAAGCCAUAAAAACUGCAAACCAGGCCAGAGAAGCGGAUGAAUUGAGAACAGAAACAAGAAGAAGAAACUUGCUUGUGUUAAUUUAUCAUUAUUUGAUGGAGGAAGGGUAUAUGGACGCUGCUAGCUGCCUGGAGCAGGACACUAAUUUUGGAUUGCGGCGUUUUGAAGUGUGUGACAAUAUUGACUUGGACACUAUUCUAAUGGAGUAUGAAAGUUAUUAUUUUAUCAAAUUUCAGAAAUAUCCCAAACUAACAAAGAAACUGCCAGAACAAGGGGAGACCAGAGCAGUGAGAAGCUGUGGUAAAAAGAGGACCCCAUGCACAACCCAGACACUGCCAAGAAUCGCCUGCGUCCAGCGGCCCCAGUCCAGGAACAGUAUUAAAAAGCCAGACUCUAAAGCAGCAGUGAAAGACUGCAGUAAAUCUAACAGCUUUCAGGAGAACGGAGGAGGGUACGUGCGAGAGAGGAGCGGGUUUGGCCUGAAUGUGUCUCCCGUUAUCAGGAAUGGAGGUGGUGAGGGGAUGCAGAGGAAGGGUCCACAGUUUGACUACAGGUGUCUUUUUCAGGACACAGUCAAGGGAGCAGUGCAUGAUACUAAUGCAAAUGGAUUUACCUACAAUCUAGAUCCUACGGAGCGGCUGCUGAAACCCAUUAGCUCCUUCUAUUGGAUGGAUAGUGAAAUGAGAGAGCUGGCAGCUGUGAUUAGCAGGGAUAUCUAUUUACACAACCCCAACGUGCGCUGGGACGACAUUAUAGGUCUGGAGGCCGCCAAGCGAUUAGUCAAAGAGGCUGUCGUCUACCCCAUUAAGUAUCCUCAGCUCUUUACAGGCAUUCUCUCUCCGUGGAAGGGUUUACUGCUCUACGGACCCCCAGGCACAGGCAAGACAAUGCUGGCGAAAGCUGUAGCCACAGAGUGCAACACAACGUUCUUUAACAUCUCUGCCUCCAGUAUUGUCAGCAAGUGGAGAGGAGACUCUGAGAAGCUGGUUCGGGUUUUGUUUGAGCUGGCCAGAUACCAUGCCCCAUCCACCAUCUUUCUGGAUGAGCUGGAGUCAGUGAUGAGCCAGAGAGGUGUUGGACAAGGAGGUGAACAUGAAGGCAGCAGGAGAAUGAAGACUGAGCUGCUGGUUCAGAUGGACGGACUGGCACGAUCUAAAGAUCUGGUGUUUGUGUUGGCUGCCUCAAACCUACCCUGGGAGCUGGACCACGCCAUGCUGAGAAGACUGGAGAAGAGGAUACUAGUGGGUCUUCCCUCCGACCCAGCCAGAAAAGCAAUGAUCAAUCACUGGCUUCCUCCAGUCAGUAACAACGGUGGAAUAGAACUUCGAACUGAGCUAGCCUAUGACAUUCUUGCCCAGGAAACAGAGGGGUACUCCGGCUCAGAUAUCAGACUCGUGUGUAAGGAAGCGGCGAUGAGGCCUGUCCGGAAGAUUUUUGACGCUCUGGAGAAUCACAGCGAGGGUCACUGCAACAUGUCGUUUAUUGAGCUAGAAACGGUGACCACAGCAGAUUUCCUGGAGGUGAUCGCUCACACCAAACCAUCAGCCAGAAACCUGACGGACAGAUUCUCGGCCUGGGAGAGGGAGUACGAAUCUGUCUGAGCUUACACCAUCCCGAACUACACUUAUCACACUACAGUUUUUACUGCACACCAUGCAAGUUCUUCUCCAUGUGAUUCAUCCAUCCUUAGAAAUGUUUUCAGUAGCAUCAUCACAGGCUGUACACAUAACAAACACUGUCCAAAAAAUAUAAAAAUAAACCCUUUUUCCAUUUUUA